GUCAUCAGCCGCGCGCACGCGCCGGGGCUGUUGGCGCCAAGAUGGCCGCGCCGCCGCGGGAAGCGUCGUGAAGGCAACAUCGGAGCCUCGUCAGGCCGGAAACAUGGAUAUCCGUAAAUUCUUUGGAGUUGUAACUCCAGGAAAGAAACCAGAAUGUGGCAUUGCGAGAAAGGAGAAACCCCAGAAUAAAGAGAGGAAUUCAGGGGGGACAUCGACGCUGAAAGAAAUCAAGGUGAAAAGUUCCCCUCGCGAAGAGGAUUUCAAGCAAAAACCGGCAAACAAGAAAAAGAGGAUAAUCUAUGAUUCAGAUUCCGAAGAGGAGGUACCAUUAAUCAAAAAAUCUAAGCCGCCAGAGAGAAAGCUCCCUUCAAAACCUGCCAAGCUGCUAAAGGCGGAUCCUGUGGUUUAUGUUUCAGAAACAGAUGAAGAUGAGGACUUUGUUAACAAAAAAGCCCCUCCGAAAGUUAAACAGCUCGAGAAAUCGGGGAAGGUGACUCAAGGAACGACGGGAACAUCCCAGCCAGAUUCCAAACCAAAAGUCAAAAAUAAACCCUUAUCUCCGGUGAAACUGACACCAACAUCCCUCGUUGAUUACUUUGGGACUGGUAGCAUUCAACGGUCGGAGAAGAAGCUGGUAUCAAGCAAACGAAAAGAACCUUGGCAAAACAGGGAUUCCACCAUCAAUGAUGAGGCUAUCGCUAAAGAACUACAGCUGGAAGAGAAUUCAAAGCGGGAAAGACAAUUGCACGAAGACGAAGAAUUUGCACAAACGUUGGCUAUGUUGGAUGAAACACCCAGAAAGAAAAAGCCUCGAAAAGAUGAAUGUCAGCAGUCAAAAUUGGGUGAAGCAGAAAAAAUUAAACAGGCUCACAAAGGUAAACCUCCCGCUUCCGCCUUCGAUUCUCACUCUUAUUCCGCAAAGGAUCAGCUUCACUCUGAGAGCGUCAGGAUGUCAAAUCCUCACCCAGAAUCUUCUGCUACGAAGGAGGAGGUAGAUUGGGGGAAUAAAAGAGGUUCAUCCAAGGCGUCCCCCAGGUUAACUCCACUCAAGCAACAAGCAGAGGCUAUCAAAACCGAAAACGGGACCUCAAAAGGAGAGAACCUCAGGAAAGGAACUACAACUCCAGCCGGAAAAACCAUUUCACCCAAAACCAAGACGCCCACAAAGGCGAAGGUUUCUCCCGAACAACCCAAGUCCAUCAGUCCCGAGGACUCUGCUGAAAAGAAGCGGACAAAUUACACGGCCUACAGAAGCUUCCUCAAUCGAGAAGGUCCAAAGGCCCUCGGCUCGAAAGAAAUACCUCAAGGUGGUGACAAUUGCUUGGAAGGCAUGACGUUUGUGAUUACCGGAAUCUUGGAAUCGAUUGAACGGGAUGAGGCCAAGUCGCUGAUUGAGCGCUACGGGGGGAAAGUCACCGGAAACAUCAGCAAGAAGACCAGUUACCUUGUUAAAGGGCGUGACUGCGGCAUGUCCAAGUGUGAAAAGGCAUCGGCUUUAGGGACGAAAAUUAUCGAUGAAGAUGGCUUGUUUGACCUGAUACGAAAUACUCCAGGCAGGAGGUCCAAGUAUGAAAUAGCAGCUGAAACAGAGGCCAAGAGAACAAAGCCCAAGGUCGAAAAAACGUCCCCGGAAACGAAAGCCCACAAAAGGAAACCGAGCCCUGCAAAGCCGGAUUCCGACUCCCGAAAGAAAACCUUCCUUGCGGAAAACACGGAGCCUUUUAAAUCCGUCAAACAGGAAGCCGGGGCAGUAAGGAGAGGGCUGGACUUCCUGGACGAGGAGGAGGAGGAGGGGAAGAAGCCAGUCCCCAAGGAGAAAAAGAGCUCCGUUCAUGAAACUAAUCAAAAAGGAGGGGAAGUGUUAUUGUGGGUGGACAAAUACAAGCCCACGUCUCUCAAAACCAUCAUCGGGCAACAAGGCGAGCAGAGCUGCGCUAAUAAACUCUUGCGUUGGCUUAAAAACUGGCAGAAGAAUUCUUUGGAAGGCAAACAGGUCAAAUCCAGUAAGUUUGGAAGCAAAGAUGAUGGCGCUAAUUCCAAAGCAGCUUUGCUUUCCGGACCCCCAGGUGUAGGCAAAACCACAACGGCAUCAUUAGUUUGUCAGGAACUCGGUUUGAGUUACGUGGAGUUGAACGCGAGCGACACACGCAGCAAGAACAGCCUGAAAGAGGUGGUGGCCGAAUCUCUGAACAACACCAGCAUCAAAGGAUUCUGCUCAGGGGCGUCACGUUCCGUCAGUGCAAAACACGUCCUCCUAAUGGACGAGGUGGAUGGGAUGGCUGGCAAUGAAGACAGAGGUGGCAUACAGGAGCUAAUUGACCUGAUUAAGCACACCAAAAUUCCAAUAAUUUGCAUGUGUAACGAUCGGAACCAUCCCAAGAUCCGUUCUCUGGUCCACUAUUGUUUUGACCUUCGUUUUCCGAAGCCGAGGGUGGAACAGAUCAAGGGCGCUAUGAUGUCCAUUGCUUUCAAAGAAGGAUUAAAGGUUCCACCGCCGGCAAUGAAUGAACUCAUUUUGGCGGCUAAUCAGGAUAUCAGACAGGUGUUGCAUAACCUCAGCGUGUGGUGUGCCAGAGACAAAACCUUGACUUACGACGGUGUCAAAGAAGACGCCAGCAAAGCCAAAAAGGAUAUUAAGGUGGGUCCUUUUGAUGUGGUGAGGAAGGUUUUCGCCAAGGGAGAAGAAGCUUCUCACAUGUCCCUUAUAGACAAGACAGAUCUGUUCUUCCACGAUUACUCUCUGGGACCCCUCUUUGUCCAAGAAAACUACAUCCACGUCAAGCCCGCCGCAGCUGGAAACAACUUGAAGAAAGAACUCAUCUUACUUAGCAAAACCGCGGACAGUAUUUGCGAUGGCGAUUUAGUUGACCGCCAGAUUCGCAGUCGACAAAACUGGAGCCUUCUGCCCACUCAGGCAAUUUAUUCGAGUGUCCUGCCUGGAGAGCUGAUGAGAGGCUAUUUGCAAGAAUUCCCAACUUUUCCAAUUUGGUUGGGGAAAUUUUCAUCCACGGGAAAGCAUGACCGCAUCUUGCAGGAGCUUUCUAUGCAUAUGAGUCUCAGAACGCAUGCGAGUAAAAGAGCCGUAAAUCUGGACUAUCUGUCCUAUCUGCGAGAUGCCGUGGUGAGACCGUUGGCUAGCCAAGGCUCAGAAGGAGUCCAGGAUGCUGUCGCCUUCAUGGAUUCUUACUGCUUGUUGAAGGAAGAUGUUGAAAACCUCAUGGAGGUCACCUGCUGGGCAGGGAAGCCCAGCGUGUUUUCCAAAUUGGAUUCCAAGGUUAAAUCGGCGUUCACGCGCGCCUACAAUAAAGUUGCACACCUUACGCCGUACUCCCUGCAAAUUGCGCCAAAGUCGAAACGAGCCGGCUCAGUGGAUGCGGAAGUGAGUGAAGAACUGGAAUCGAACGAAGCCGAGACCGAGCAAGGGAGCCUGGAAAGCGAUGCGAUGAUUAAGAAAAAGACCAAACCUGCCAAGCCACCAAAAGCAGAAAGGAAGGAAGAAAGGAAAAAAGGAAAAUCAAAGAAAAAAAGCUAAAUAAAUUGUCUAUGCAAGCUUACUGCUGGACUGUGGGCACAGUAAAUGGUUGGGCAAACUCUGCACCAGUUGCCCUGCUAACACUGCAUAGCAAUGGCAAAUCUAUCUAUCUAUCUAUAUAUAUAUCUUUUUUUUGCAGAAAAAGAGGCAAACAGAAUUUAUAUUGUUUGAUUCCUGUAAAUACAGAAAGAGGCUCUCCGGAAGAAAAAGAGUCCAAGCUGCUAGUGCUUCCCUUCAUAAAACUCCUCUCUCUAUAUUUUUUUUAGAAAUGCUUAUUAUGUUGCUACCCAUGUAUAUAUGAACAAACCCUAAUCAGUUACUCAUUUUUGUAUAUGAAAGUGCAGCACCGUGUAAAAGUUGCAAUAAAACUAGUUUCAUAUUUUUAACCAGUUUAA